AUGAGGAAUGCAAGAGAGUUUGAGGAUACAGAAAUGUGGAUUUCAUCUUCGAAGCUGCCUCAGCUGUGUUUAAAUCACGUGUCAUUUGUUUGCAAGUCAGUGAGCAAGUCUGUGAGGUUUUAUGAGCAAGUAUUGGGUUUUGUGCUCAUUAAACGCCCUUCUUCCUUCAAAUUUGAGGGAGCUUGGUUGUUCAACUAUGGAAUUGGUAUUCAUCUGCUAGAGUCAGACAAAAAUAUCCCAGAAAAGAAAGGCAAAAUCAACCCAAAGGACAACCACAUUUCAUUCCAGUGCUCAGAUAUGGGGAUGGUUAUUCAGAAGCUGGAGGAGAUGAGGAUAGAGUAUGUGACAGCCAAGGUGGAAGAAGGUGGUGUUAUUGUGGACCAGCUCUUCUUUCAUGAUCCAGACGGCUACAUGGUUGAAAUUUGCAAUUGUCAAAAUCUCCCAGUUCUUCCAAUCUCCUCAUGCCCUAUCAAGCUUAUUACCAACACCAACGCAAACCAUACAUCAUCAUCAUCAUCUUCAUCAUCAUCAUCAUCAUCUUUUUAUGGGGAACAAAGACAAGAGAUGAGCUGUUCUGGAGAAGCUGCGACGCUGAUGAUGGAAGGCUUAGUGAUGGACGUCAUGAACAUUUCCAUGUGA